AAAUUGCACAAAGGAAACUCAGACUUUGUGCUCUGUUCAUUUCUUUUGCUGUUGUGCUGUUAGUGCUGAGCAAUGAGGGAGUGCAUCUCUGUACAUAUUGGCCAAGCAGGAGUGCAGAUGGGCAAUGCCUGCUGGGAGCUGUAUUGUCUGGAGCAUGGAAUCCAGCCUGAUGGGAUUAUCCCUUCUGACAGAGUUGCGGGACUUGUGGAUUCAUCGUUUGGAACCUUCUUCAGUGAGACCGGCUCAGGGAAACAUGUGCCCCGUGCUGUCUUUAUUGACCUGGAGCAGACGGUCAUUGAUGAGAUCCGAACUGGAACUUAUCGAUCACUGUUUCAUCCAGAGCAAAUGAUUACUGGCAGGGAAGAUGCAGCUAAUAAUUAUGCCCGGGGACAUUACACCAUUGGAAAAGAAGUCAUUGAUACUGUUUUGGACAGAGUCCGUAAGAUGGCAGACCAGUGUAGUGGCCUUCAAGGAUUUCUGGUCUUCCAUAGCUAUGGAGGAGGAACAGGAUCUGGCUUCACUUCUCUGAUGAUGGAACGUCUUUCUGUUGACUUUGGCAAGAAGUCAAAGCUUGAAUUCUCAAUCUAUCCUGCUCCACAGGUCUCCACGGCAGUAGUAGAACCUUAUAACUCUAUCCUGACAACCCACACAACCUUAGAACAUUCGGACUGUGCCUUUAUGGUAGACAACGAGGCCAUCUAUGAUAUCUGCAACCGUAACUUGGACAUUGAAAGACCCUCUUAUACCAACUUGAAUAGGUUAAUUGCACAAAUUGUCUCCUCAAUCACAGCUUCCUUAAGGUUUGAUGGUGCUCUGAAUGUUGACUUAACAGAGUUUCAAACCAAUUUGGUGCCUUAUCCUAGAAUCCACUUCCCACUGGUCACCUAUUCACCUAUAAUAUCUGCAGAAAAAGCUUACCACGAGCAGCUAUCUGUGCCAGAAAUUACCAAUGCUUGCUUUGAAUUUUCCAACCAGAUGGUAAAAUGUGACCCUAGACGUGGUAAAUACAUGGCUUGCUGCUUAUUAUACAGAGGUGAUGUAGUGCCCAAAGAUGUCAAUGCGGCCAUUGCUGCAAUUAAAACCAGGAGGUCCAUUCAGUUUGUUGAUUGGUGUCCUACUGGUUUUAAGGUGGGAAUUAAUUACCAGCCUCCCACUGUUGUCCCAGGAGGGGACCUGGCUAAAGUUCAGCGUGCUGUCUGUAUGCUGAGCAACACUACAGCUAUUGCUGAGGCUUGGGCCAGGUUAGACCACAAGUUUGACCUGAUGUACUCAAAGAGAGCAUUUGUACAUUGGUAUGUGGGAGAAGGUAUGGAGGAAGGGGAGUUCUCUGAGGCAAGAGAGGAUAUGGCUGCCCUGGAGAAGGAUUAUGAAGAGGUGGGAACAGAAUCUGGUGAUGGUGCAGAUGAAGAAGAGGAUGUAUACUAGAUUUAAAUAUCCUUUAUCCUAAUGAUAUUAAUAAAUGUAAAUUACCUCCUGCUGUACAUGUAAAUUCUUAAACUUAUAUUCAAAGAUAAAAUAACAUUCUUAUUUCUUGUGUGGUCUUUGUAAGAUAACUGCCACAAAAUACUAAGUUAGACUUUAAUAUUUAGGUGUUAAGAAAUGUUUUAGAUUAGAAUUUAUAUGCUGAAAAGGUGUGGUCAGUAUCUCACUUUAAUCCUGGUUGCACUGUCCAAUUGGAGUUCUAAUUCACUAGUGCUUGACAAGUCAUUAGGGUCUUGUUUAACACAUACUCUUCCUGUGGGCUUCAAAAAGUCACUUUGCAAUGCAGUUACUAUACAGAAAGUGUAACCUAUUCAAAUAUUGCUUUUGCAUAUUCAUGCCACACUAUUCAAUAAAUAGAAGGACCAGAAUUACCACCCUCAUAUGUUACUGACACACAAAAGACUAAUUGCCCUUUUUAAGUUACAUUUUGAGUGAUAAUGGAUCAUACUCAGUUUUGCCUAGUAAAAAAAGGGGCAAUUGAAAAAAACACUUAAACCAGGUAUUGCCAUAAACAUAAUGAUCAAUGGUUUGGUUUCCUGGGGGUUUUCAUUAUCUGCCUAAAAAUCCUGAUGACAAAUCAUUCUGCAGUAAUGGGUUUUAACCCCCUAAAUGUGGUUUGAAUGGCAUGGAACGUCUUGCGGCUUCCUCUUUUUUUGCACAAGGAAAAAUCAGACUGGAGGGCGAGCCUAGCAGCAUAGGCAGUCCCAAAUGAACCAAUCCUGGCCUUUCUAUUACAUGACUGCAUAGACUAUCAUGUGACUAACAUUCUUACUAGAAAACAUUAGCAAUAGAAGUAAGUUGUUCAAAAUACCAUCUGUCUGACUCAUGAAUGACAAUGUGUGGGUUUUAUGUCCUGUUAAUAAAAGCUGAUUUUCCAGUA